AUGGCCGGGCCCUCGCGCUGGGCUGGGGGACGCAGAGGGGCCCCCGUCCCCCGCCUCACUUCGCUUCCCGCCCCUCCGCGGCUGGACUUCCGGCACCUCCGGAUGACGCAAUCGCCAGCACCCUUUUGCGUGCGUAAUCCCUGGACGCGUGCCCGACCACAGGAAGUGACCUGUUUUGGACCUGACAUGAAUCCCUUCGCCUGGUACCCGCCGCCUCCGCCGGGGCUCCCUCCACCCUUCUUCUGCCCGCCGCCACCCUGGGAGCCUAGCUUCUGGGCCCACCCUUGCCCCUACCCGCCGCCCGGCAGCUAUCCUCCUCCUGACAGCUACCCGCCGCCGAACGGUUAUACACCCGCCGACAGCUACUCGCAGCCUGAGAACCGCACGUCGACCGACAGCUACUCGCAGCCUGCCGACAGUUGCUCGCAGCCCGGCAGUUGCCCGCCACCCACCGAGAGUUACCCACCGCCCGCCGAGAGCUACCCGCCACCCGACAGUUACACGCCACCCGCUGCCUGGUACCCACCGGCCUACAAAGCACAACUGUGGGGCUCACAUGCUGGUGCAAAUGGCAAUUUCAAGCAGAAAUGGCAAGGCGAGCAAGCAUCUGGGUUUGGUAAACGUUUUCCAGAAGAAAAUAAAAAGCCAAAGAACAAAAAGAAGAAGGAGCCAGUCUUCACUCAUUACUGUGACACUUGCGACCGUGGCUUUAAGAACCAGGAGAAAUACGACGAACAUAUUUCACAGCAUAAACAGUGCACAGAAGAAGGCUGCAAUUUCAGCGCCCAUGAAAAGAUAGUUCAGAUACACUGGAAAAAUGCACAUGCACCUGGAGCUAAGAAAAUAAAAUUGGAUAGUCCAGAAGAGAUUGCUAGAUGGAGAGAAGAAAGGAAAAAGAAUUUUCCUACGAUGGCAAACAUCGAAAGAAAGAAGGCAGUGCAGAUACAGAAGGAAGAAAGGGGAGAAGUGCUGACUACCCAGCAGUUUGGCAAAAUGAAAGGGAUAUGGAGACCUCCAGGAAGUGAAGACCACUUUGGGCAACAAGGAAGACACGGGAGGAGACAAAGAUGGCCGUUUUGUAAGAGGUUUAGGAAGGAUGGUGAUGAUUAUAAUGCACACAGAGCUCAGAAUGAAGCCAGUGGAUCAGAAAAUGGCAGCUGUGAAAAGGAACCUGAAAAGCAGCAAGCUUCAGAAGCUCAGCCAUGCACAAAGGAUGUGGACCCUCUCAGUCUUCUGGCAAACAGUGAUGCUGAGUCUGAGAAGGAGGACGCAGCCGCUGAAGGCGGGAGGCUGGGGCUGACCGUUGUUCCCAAGCAGGCCACCUCUGCCCUGACUGCAUUGUCGGCCAACUAUGGCAGCGCGUCUGACAGCGAGCCUGAAGAAAUCCCUGUCAAGACUGCAGCAGAAGGUGAGAAGGAGCAGCCUGCCCUCAGAACUACACCUGAAACCACUCCAAACGUCCCUCAGAGUCAAAACCUGGAUCCAAAGCCUCCGGAAGGUGCAGGCAAGGCGCUGAGAAGGUGGAAUGGCAGCGGCUGUCCGCGCAGAGGGCCUGACAAGCGGGGCAGGAAAGCUCUGCCUCUGCGUCCGAAGCGCCGCCCCACGCUGCUGGAAAUGCUGCUGGCCCAGGACAUCCGCCACGAAAGGAACGUGAUCCUGCAGUGCGUUCGCUACCUCGUCCGCAAUCACCUGUUUGGCCUGCGCGGUACGACAGAGCCCGAAGCUGCCGCAGAGACUCGGCGCUCCCCUACAGCUCCAGCAGAAGCUUCCACAGACAAACUCCAUGGAUCUAAUUGCUCCUCCAGCUCUGACCUUCAGUUAGCAGGACAAGAAGAUGCAUUAUCAGUAGCCCAGGGUGAGACAGCACCUGUGGAACAGGCUUCACAGACGGCUCCCUUGGCAGACGAGGACACUUGGGAAUCCCUGCCGCUUCCGUGUGAGGAAGCGCUGUAG